AUGUGACCCCCAGGGUCCUCACAAGAGGGCUGGGAUCAGGGUGAGUCAGUAGGGCACUCACUCUCAGGUGAUGAUUCAUCACUGACACCAGGCUGAGAGUGGGAUCACCUUGCCGCCUCUGUGCACAGGAACUGCAUUCUGUAUCACAAGCUGGGAGGGGGGCAACAGCGAGUGUUGCCUGGUUAUAUCACAAGCACCAAUGUCCUGCUGAACUGCUGUGGGAGCCCAGCGGCAAGAGGACUGAAGUUCAUCUGGGGCAGGAUGCAGAGAUUCCCAGGACACCAUCCAAGCUGCAUCUGGAAUGAUCAGGAGACAUUUGAUAGCUCCUCCUCCCUCCCCAACUCUGGAGCAGACCCACAUAGUCCUCACAGUACUUCCAAGAGUAGAGGAAAAAUAUGAGACUUGCUCUCCUCAUCACCCUGAAAGUAACCAGAGGAUGCUUCUUCUGUGGCCUCACAGGCUGAGCAGGCAGCCUGUGAUGGGGCCCUGCUCAGAAGACCCCCACCUCUGCGGGCCCUCCAGGCUCCUGGGAUUCACCAGCUUCCUCCUCAGUGUCUGCAGCACUGGGGUCAAGAGUUCUGGAGCACAUGGUUCUGGAGUUCAGGAUUCUGGAGCCUAUGUUCCCCUGGAGGGGAUCCAAGGAGGUUCUGUGUUGUUUCAUCUGUCCAAGAAUCAAGAAGCUGACCCAGAGGAGGUCUCAUGGGGCUUUGGCCCUGAGUCAAACUACAGAGUCCUGCUGCAAGUCCGCCGUGGGGCAGACACCCCAACCUGGGUCAGCCUCCAGGACAAGUACCAGCACAGGGUCCAUGUGCCCAAUGUGACGUCCCUGAGGAUUGAGAACCUGACCCGAGAGGACAGUGGGCAGUACCGGGCUCGAGCCAGCUUCACUGGAGGAAUAGAACUUACCCAGGUUUUCCUCCUCACUGUCUAUGGAACUGUACCCCUUCCUGAGAUCGAUGUCAAGUCAGCAUCCAUCACACCAGGCUGGUGCAACAUCACUCUGGAGUGCAGAGCCCCAGGGGCUACAGAGGACCUGAAGGUGACCUGGGAGAUCAAAGGCCUUCCCAGGGAGCUGGAGCAGAGAGUGACAUCAGAACUACCCUCCAACUCCUGGCACCUGACUCUGAACGUGCCCCUGAGCCAGCCCGCUGCCAGCUUGACCUGUGUGGUCAGCAACCAGGUGGACCAGAAAACAGCUGCCUUAGACCUUGGAGAAGUCUGUGUCUCUGACUCACCUAGAAACAGCAGUGCUGAGACUGUGCCAGGCAUCAUAGGGGCUGUUGUGAUUAUGCUGUUGAUCCUCAUAAUUGGGCUGUUCCUUUGGAAGACCUAUAGGAAGAAGAGGAAGAUGAAGACUGGAAGAGGUGUAGAAUUUCAGGUUGACCCCGGGGACAAUGAUGGUGGCAUCCAGUAUGCGGAGCUGAGCCAGCAGGGGUCUGGAGAGGUCACACACAAGGGUGUUGGUAAACAACAUUUAGAAGAAAAGGAGUCUAGUACUGUCUACAGUGAGGUCUACAAGCCAGAAAGGGAGACCAUGAAGAUAACUUAAUUGGAGAAAGCAGAAGAAUCAGAACUACUAGGACACUUCCACUCGGAGCUUGAUUCCUGCAGACACCUGCCUCUCCCGGCUCUGGUCCAGCUCCAGCUGCCCCUGUGACCCUCCCGCCCUCAAGUGCCUGCGCACAUGUGGCCUUCUCACAACCUCUGUCAACUUCCCCAGCUGUCUUCCCACUCAAGAUCCUCACCCUGCAGGACGAGAGCUCUUCCAUCAUUGACCCAGCACCUAGCCCCUCUUUUCCUGAAACUUCCCAAAGAGGACCUUCCUGCACAUGAUAAUCCCCACAGCCUCUGCUGUGUGACUGGUGUGUAUCUUUCUGAGCAUUCAAGCCCAGGUGUGGAGACAGUGUAAAGGUGUUGACCAGACUACAGAGGACAAGGUUAGGCUUUGGUGCUGGGUGCUGAGUUGGGUGUCUGUGGAGGCAGCAUGGGUAGGUGGGAGCUCAUAAAGAACUGGCCUGAGGUUUCCUUUGCCCCUUAUGUCGGGCAAAAGUUGUAUGUCAGGCAGUGUGUUUGUGUGUGUAUGUCUAUUUGUCGGUAUGUGUGCUGGGGGGAUAGCCUGUGCACAUUAUACAGUAGUCCAGCCCUUGUUCCUGAUCACUAGUACUGACUAACCUCAGCUUCAGCUCGUGGACCUCAAAUCCACCUCCUGUGGAGUGGGUAGAGGAAUUUGUACUGUUUCUGGUCCUUCAAAACCUCCUGUGUCUCAGAAGGACCCAUGUUGAGAUUUGUAUUCUUAGAAAAGCAGCUUCAGGGCAUUCCUGUCUGGGGUGGGGGUCAUUAGAAUGGAAGUGCAGUGUGCUACCCGCUCCCCCCCAACACACACACUCUAAUGAAGCUGCUGUGAGAAGUAAAGCUUGUGGGAAGGUGUGAACCAGCCCUCUCCUGCCUCUUCUACUGACCCUCAUCCCCCACAACCUGCUGGCCUCAGAUCCUAGUCAGCCUACUUUUUGCUCACUCACAUUCUUCUGCCUGAAAUGAUCUCUCCCUCCCUGUCCCUUACUCUUGUCCCUGCCUGUUGGAAUCCUAGUAUUCCACCCAAUCCUAGACCCCUUUCCAGGUCACAUGGUCUACAUGUACCCAAAGAUUUGGAAAUGGUCUCUCCCACAUCUAACUUUUUGGACACAGGUGACAUAACCAAUUUGGCUGCCAUAGUUUGAUUGGGUUGGUCAUCAGUUUUCCCUGCCUGCAUCACCUGGAGCUUCCUCGGGAGGGUGUCAUGGCUUUAGGAGGCCAGUGCCAAAGAGACAAGCACCUCUCUUUGUGAAUUGUCUGAGCUAUUCUUCCUCUCAUCUCCAACAGGAACUCAGCAGAUUGAUCUCAGAGCACAGCAUCUACUGAAGGUGUUUCUGGUAGUAAGUCCACAAGGAAGCAAAGAUGGACGUGAUGAGCCCCAACAAUCCUGCCUGAUUCCCCAUCCUACCUCCAUCCUCACAUUGCUUGAGGACCUGAUGUCACCUGCACUGUAUUGUGUGGGAUCUUCUCCUCUUCCUGGGGGUCUUCCUCUCCUCAGCCUCUGUCUCCAGCCUUCAGUCCCAGCUCUUGAGUUGGAGAUGAACUCACUCUGGUACUAUGAUCUGUGUCCUUUUGUCUGUUGGCCUGCAUUCUUCAAUCUCUUGGUUUCCCACCCAGUUCAGCAAUCUCAGCUUUUUCUGUUCUGACCUCAGAAAGAAAAGUUCUGAACUAAAAUCUUGAGCAAUAAGAAGCAAUGCUAAGAUCCUGUUGGAUAAGGGAGAAGCAGAGUUUCCUUAAUAAAGCCAUUUCUAGCUGGUUUAUUGUCAGGCUGAACAGAGAAGGCUGAGCGGGAAGAAGAUGACCUCUCUCACUGGAAUCCUAGGUGACCGGUCAUGGCUGAUAUCAGUGCCAUGAGUCCAGAGGCAGUGUGAGAUGUGACCACUCACUGACCCCCUCCCACCCACCUUGAUUCUCAAAGCAUAAGACAAAAAAGAAAAAAAGAAGGGAACUCAAUAUUCCAAGCCUAUAUUGAACCAGCUUUUGUUCCAUGAAUUUUAUAAGUAUUAUUUCUUCUUAUUCUUAUAAGAACUCUUUUAUUUUUUAUUUAUUUAUUUAUUUUUUUGAGGCUACUUACUUUAUAAUAUUUAAUUGGUUUUGCCAUACAUUGACAUGACUCAUUGGAAAAUACCCUAAUGCUGGGAAGGAUUGGGGGUAGGAGGAGAAGGGGACAACAGAGGAUGAAAUGGCUGGAUGGCAUCACUGACUCGAUGGACAUGGGCUUGGGUGGACUCUGGGAGUUGGUUAUGGACAAGCAGGCCUGGUGUGCUGUGAUUCAUGGGGUUGCAAAGAGUCGGACAUGACUGAACGACUGAACUGAACUGAACUGACAUGACUCUUUUAGAGUAGCUAUUACUAUUCCUGGACUUCCCUGGUGGCUCAGAUGGUAAAACGUCUGCCUAUAAUGUGGGAGAUCCGGGUUCAAUCCCUGGGUCAGGAAGAUCCCCUGGAGAAGGAAAUGGCAACCCACUCCAGUAUUCUUGCCUGGAAAAUCCCAUGGAUGGAGGAGCCUGGUAGGCUACAGUUCAUGGGGUUGCAAUUACUAUUCCUGUUUUGUAGGACAAGCAACUAAUAUCCCAAAAUAGUUGGUGGCAGAGCAAAUUGUUAAAUUCAAGGCUAGGUAACUCCAGCAUUCAUAGCUUUUCCUUUGCCACAUGGUCAAUGAAGUUCUUGGAAUCCUAGAGUAUUCAGAAAAGAGUAUGUUCCAUUUGUUCCUCUUCCAAGGUUCCUUGUUCUGACUCAAGUGCCUCAGCUUGAAUGAGUUCAUCCUGAUGAUGAAUGGAGCUGGUUGGUGGGUGGGUGAAAAGGGAAUUUGGUGGGUUGGUGGGUGAAAGGGGAAUUAUCCCUUAAGAGCACAAUGGAGUGGGAGAUGUGGGUGGGAGACAUGCAAUGACAGGUCCUGUGCUCUGGUUCAGAAGCAGUAUUUGAAGCAGAGAUGCUUCAUCUUGGGUCUUAUGGGAGUUCCUUCCUCUUAUACAAGGUGUGUUGUGGAUUUCAGCAUCCCUAUUCUCAAGUUAGCUUCCCUUUCCAUUAUUAUUCAUAAUUUCGUUCAAGAAUUAUGUGAUGCUGAAAUCCUCAAUGUACAAAUGAAAAAUUAAAAUCCAGAGAUAUUAAGUAUUCUACAGAAGUUCUCAUGAGUGUAAGGUAUAUAGGCAUGAUCACAGGAGAUAAUAAUUCCACUCAUUUUGAUUCCUUUCUCUGUCAUUCUGGACACCCAAUCAGUUACCAGCUUCCACUGUGCUAUCCUUCAUAAAUAUUCCUGUACUCCAUUCUCCUCCACUUCUUUCAUUCCCAUCUUCCACCACCAUUUUUGCAGUUCCACCAGCAAUGUGUGAGAAUUUCUCCACAUUAUCUCCAACUCUUGUUAUUUUUAGAUUGUAUCCAUCCUAGUGCUGAUGAAGUGAUAUCUCAUUGUGGUUCUGAAUUGCAUUUCUCAAAUGAUUCAUGCGAACAUGUUUUCAUGAGCAUAUUAACAUUACUUGAAGAAAUUUCUUUCUUUCUUGAAUUCUUUCUUGUUAUGCAUUGUCCCUACAUCUCCACCAAGUCUGCUUUUCUCCCAGUCACCAGGGAACUCCACACUGCUAAAUUUAGUAGUCAAUUCUCAAUCCUCAUUUCCCAUAAGUUCUCAGCCAUAGUGGAUGUAUAUUUCCUGGAAACAUUAUUUUCACUUUGCUCUUUCCUACCUACUGGGUGUUAGCUCUGUAGUUUCCUUUAUCAGUAUCUUUCCAACCUCUAAAUUUUGGAAUAAUCAAGGUUCAUACCCAGACCACCCAGACCACCUCGCUUCACUGUCUACACUCAUUUCUGUUUGAUGCUCUGGCCAUGCAGUAAUCUUGUGACUAUGUGACUUUAUGUGCUAAAAAGGACUUAGAGAUGUGACCUGUCCCCUGAACUCCACAGUGUGAAUAUCCAACUGUUUACUUGACAUUUUCACUGGCAUGUAUAACAGGCAUCUCCGUCUUGACAUGUUUAAACUCAGACUCCCCAAACAUGCUUCCUAUACAGUUUCCUACCCCUCCAAAGGUCACCUCAAUCCUUCCCUUUUUUCUGACCAUAACACUUGGGUGUCAUCCUUGACUUCUUUCUUUUUUUUCAUUUUCAUUUCUUUUUUACUCUCUAUUAGAAAUACUGAUAGUUCAACAUUCUAUAUAAAGUUGAAUACUUAUUUUUGUAUACUUAUAUGAAAAAAUAUGUUUAUAACAAAAUGCCUCUUACCACCUCCCUGGUCCAAUUUCGUCAUCAUUUCUCACUUGGAUUAUUACAGUUGCCUCAGAGUCUACCACUUUUAUCCAUAAUCCUUUAAUGUCUAUUUUCAUAAUAUCACCCAGAUGAAUCUUUUCAAAACUUAAGUUGCAUCACAUUCCUUGUUGCUCAAAACUACCCUGUCACAUUACUUGUUAACUCAAAAUUUCCACUUUAUCUGGAAGAUUCUGUAUCAGCAGGCCUCCUCUCUCAUAUACCCCUCCUUCCUUAAUCCACUAUAGGACACUGGGCUUCCUUCCAAUCCUUCAAUACUCCAUGCAUGCUCCUUCCUCUCUAGAAUUCUCUCCUUCUAGGUAUCCAUGUCUCAUUCCCUGACCUCCUUUAAGUCUUCUUAUAGAAGUGAACUUCUCAGUAAGACCUACACUGACCUCCCUAUAUAAAACUGCAAACUCUUUCUGGUGGCCUCCUCCCUCCUCCAUGUGCUACUUUUCUCCAUAGCCAGUGUGACAGUUAGUUAUUCUGAGCUGUAGACAGUAUGUAUUGAGGCCUCAAAAUAUAAAUUGUCAUCCUGUAAUGCAAAUACCAUUAUUAUUCCCAGUAAGUGGCUACACUGGUAAAUCAAUGAAUUUAUUCAAGUCACAUAACUAAUAGAUGGCAGAGCUGGAAUUGGAAUCUUGGAGUUGGAUUCUGAAACUCUUGACCACUAUAUACUGUUAAAAUAAAGUAUUUUUUCUCCACAUGAUGGAAUACUAUUUGUGUACUAAGAAGAGUUAAUUAUAUCCUUAUGUAUUUGAAUGGAAAGUUUCCUAUGAAAUAUUAAAUUAGUUAUGAAAUAUGCAUCAUAUUAACCUAUAUUGUAAAUAUAUAUAAAUAUGUUUAUGUGGGCAUGAAAUAUUCCAACAGUUAGUAGGUUAAGAAUUUAACAGUAGCUAACUUCUGUGGUCUGUCUCCUUUUCUGUAUCAUUAGUUUUUUUACAACACUAACUAAAAAAAUUAUCUAUUAAAAUUUUUGAACAGUGAAGUGACAUGAUAAGAACUGUGCUUCAGAUAGAUAAAGCCACAUAUAUGCCAACAAGAACUUUAUCAUCUAAACCAGCUAACGAACUUAUGCUUAUUUCCACUUUCUAUUUUGUUGAUUUAAGUCUUCAGGAUCUUUACUGAAAUAGCCCCUAAUGGGUCUACAUAAGUCUAUAUAGUUCAGGCAAAGCAAAAAUUUUGGUCUGAUUUUUUUAUCCAAAUGGACACUCCCCAUGUAUUGCUCACAACCCAGAAUGUUCAUUAGAUCAACUAGAGAACUUUUAUGAACAGAUGCUUGGACUGUAUCCUGAAACUGGGCACCACUUAUAUUUUAAAAUAUUUAUUAGAUGUUUUAUCAGGCUUGAGAACUGAAACCCUGAGCCUACAUGAAGUCUUCAGGAAAUUCAAAUGGGAAUGUACAUGGCAAAGAAAGUCUGUGAAUGUGUUUUCCAAGUUGUUUCUCAAUGUGUCUUUUGUUUCUAAUAGAUUGAGUUAAGGAAUGAAUAAAUGACAAAACCCUACAA